GACAACGCAUAGAUGUUAACAACAGGAUGGGCAACUCCUAUGGCGACGACGAGGACGACGACACGGACAAGGACAACAGUAAACACAUUCCUCCUCUCGCUGCGUUCAAGAAAGGCAAGGGAAAAGCAGAGAAACUUGAUGCAUGCGAUCUGGAGGAGCUCUCCUCCUAUGAGGUGAUAGAGCCAGAAGAAUUCACAGCAGUAUGCAACACAUCUAAGGCCUUUGAAUUGGCAGAGAUUUCUCUGUCGUACGGCAUGGAAGCGGCCGAAUUUCUCGAGGGCGACUCCCGAGGAUUCAUGGUUAUCGCCAGUGUAGGCUAUCACAGCUCACAAGGCUUCCGUUCCCCCGUUAUUGCCCCUACCCUGGGUUCUCGUUUACUCUCGUUGUUUACCAAAAGGAACAGCGGCGCCACUGCUACUCCGCGAAACGUUACCCGCACUCCUCCUCAACAUCAACCAGCCGAGACAAUAGCCUCUCAAGCAGCGAUCGACGUCCCAGACUCUAAGAGGUCUGCUAUCAUCAAGCAGUCGACACGUAUUCCUCUCCCCACACACACUCCGCGGGGAUUCUGGUCUCGUCUAUUUAAGAGAUCAUCACGACCCUCGUCCGUGUCCGACAGAUCAUGAGCAACAGCAAGGUGCAACAGGAUAUGUCAGCCAAGAUUGUUUCCUCCGCUUGAAGACCUGCCCGCACGAUCAUCCAUUUCUCCCCUCUCCUUUUCUCCAUCGUACUAAAACGGCUGUUCAACGUCCAUUUCCACUUAUUCCAAGCCUCAUCUCCUCUUUCACAUUUCAAUACCAUCACAAUGCGGACUUGGAAGCAGUAUUUCAUCGCAACAAUCGUGAUCUGCUCUAUCUGGCCCGCCCUAGCAGCUGGCGAUGUCAC